CCGCCUCGCAUCUUGGACCUUGGCCCUCCUGGUUCUACAGAGCUUGAUGCUGAUAUCAAGCUCAUGUCUGUCCUAGGCGAAAAAGACCGCUACGUGUGUCUGAGUUACUGCUGGGGCGGUACUAUUGACAUCCGACUGCUGCAAGAUAGAUACCACGACUAUCUCGCCAAGAUUCCCUGGGACAUUCUUCCCCAAGGGUAUCGCGACGCCAUCCAGCUCACGCGCAAGUUGGGUAUUCGCUACAUCUGGAUCGACUCCCUCUGCAUCGUCCAAGACGACCGAGACGACUGGCGGAAACAAGCCUCGCUCAUGGCGCAAAUCUUCCAAAACGCCUACGUCACCAUCGCCGGCACAAAGUCGCGGAAUCCAAACGAUGGCUACUUUUCUACGAUUCCGCACUUCUUCUCGUCAGAGGGCUCGCAUCAAAGUGACUUCACGCCAGGCAAUUUUCCCUUGUUGACGCGUGGGUGGGUUUUUCAGGAACGGUUACUGUCGCCAAGGCUAUUGCACUUAGGAGACGUCGAGGUGGCGUGGGAGUGUAACGAGGUUUGUGCUUGUGAAUGUAUGGGUGAGACAAAGACGUAUGAAUCGGAACCGAGGUGGGCGCAUACGAAAGGAGGACACACAAGGAAUAUGACGGCAGCCGAGGACGAAAAGGAUAUCCAGCCCGAGUGGAGGAGUACCGUGGAGCAUUAUACCAGGACGGAAUUGACUUACAGGAAGGACAUCUUCCCAGCCAUAUCAGGCGUAGUCAAGAAUAUGAAGCGGUACCGAAGCGAUCGGUAUCUCGCUGGUGUAUGGGAGAGCAGCGUGGUGGAGGACCUGGCGUGGCUGGCAGUCGACAGGGCGAAGGCGAGGCCCAAGGAGUGGAAUGCGCCAACAUGGUCGUGGGCGUCUGUCGCAGUGCCGGUGUCGUAUACGAACCUACGGACGAUUCUAGGCAAGAAAUACAUUCAAAAGACGGAGCCGCUGGAACAACGGACCGUGUUGGUAGAGACAUCGGUCACACCCGCGGGAGACGAUGACACGGCGCAAUUGACUGCUGCGCAUAUGGUGCUAUUUGGGCCCAUGAUUUCGGCUAGGCUUAUUGCCGACCCGAAUACUCCUGGUGAAAAGCAGCAUUACUUGGCGAUUCAUGACGACACUGGUCUGGUAUUCGCACCGGACUACGAUCUAGUCGCAGAAGGUCCCAGCUGUGUGCCCGUGGGGAGUACGAUAUAUCUUCUUCACCUGUGUCAGGAGCCCAAGUUCAAGAAUGAAAAGCGAAGAGAUACAAGCAGGAAGACAUUCGCGCUGGUUCUCAGAAGGAUACAUGAGAAAGACGGCGCGGGCUGCCGCACGGUUCCCCGAAUGAUGGACCGAGAGACGGCACGUACGGGAGAAUAG